AUGCAAGUCGACGCAGGCGCAGAUGCUGGCAUUCCUAAUUUCAAGCACUUGGUGCCCACAUAUCUCGCUCUCCAUAUCAUUGGCGGCUUGGUUUGUUUACCUGCACUAAUUGCGACCUUUAUCUUCUCGAAUAAAGUUACAUGCCAUCCGACCCUCAUUAACUUUUGCUGCACCUGGGUGAUCUAUUCUAUAUCUUAUUGUAUAUUAUUAUUUGGUGGAAAGGCCGAAGACCCUCCAGGAACAUUAUGCUACGUACAAUCAGCGAUGAGUCAUGGUUCUUCGCCAAUGGUGGCAGUUUCAACUCUCAUCCUGGUUGUCCAAACCUGGUUGACGUUUCGCGAGCCGACACAAAGUUUUGGAGGUCAAAGAUGGUCUCAAACAACGAAACUUGCAUUUACUAUCGCUACUCCUUAUAUAGUUUUUAUUUUAUUUACAGUCUUAACAAGUGUGCUCCAAGCUCGAGAUCCUCAGACUGUCAGGGCACCGACGGGACUUUACUGCAGCAUCUAUGGGACUUUUUUCGGUCGUUGGGGUGUCCAGGCUUUCUGUACGGUGUCCCUCGUUUUGAUUGUUGCUUUUGAAGCGGCGAUUGGAGUCCGUUAUAUUCGAAUGCGCAAGCAAAUGAGCAGCGUGUUUCCGUUGGCAAACAGAACGACCUCACUUGCGCUGGUCGUGCGCGUGGCAUUGUUCAAUGUGUACUCAGUUAUCACCCUGGGAGUCGGAAUUUUGCUUCUGGCAAAUAAUUUCUCUGCAUGGCCUGUAAUGAUACAAGCAGCUCUACCGUUGGCGGCAGUGGUCGUCUUUGGAACACAAAAGGUAGUGUGA